AUGAAGAAACAGUUUUAUCGCGUGAAGCAGCUAGCUGAUCAGCGAGUUGGAAGGUAAGUCGCUUCUCUUCGUUAAACAGACAAGUGACAGUACGUGUUGUUCAUUGGCCAUUUCAACGGAAGUGAGCCUCCCCAACUACUGCAUUUUCAGUGCGAUAAUUUAUAAAAGAAAGGUACAUUAAUCUUUGCUAUUUUUUUCUUCUAUUCUAGGGCGGAAAAAACUGAGAUUUUAACCGAGGAUCUGCAGCAUGUAAGUAGCUGAAGGAAACAAAAAUGAAAAUUAAUCAGUUAAAUCAUCAAAAUAAAGAUCCUUGCAACUAAAAUUUAAGUUUCGACAACAGAGAAAGUAGCCAAUGUUUCAUUAAUUUUAAUAUCGUGGAUAGCAAGGUGCAGGGAAAGGGAACUCCAGUUGUCAGGAAUGAAAACCAAAUUAUAGCUGUUUUAGUAGAAACGUAGGUAUGUGUAGGAAAGGAGGUGCCAGGUAUUCUCCUCUUCUAUGACUAAUGAUCAUAAAAAAUUGUUCUAUCCGCCUUUCAAAACACUUGACUUGUUGACGUUUUUCAAGAGAAUGUAUCCAUUGAAAUGUGCUCUCCAGUUAAAAUUGAAGGUAACUAAUGGUUAUUUGCUUUGCAUAUUGGAACAAAAUAACUCUAAUUGCAACUACCCUGGCAUCAAUUCCAAGUCUGACUUUCCAACCUUCCAGGAAUGAUGUUGGGCAUUUAUCAUAUUUCUCUUCCAGUAAUGUUGCAUGCCCAUGCAAAAAUACUCCAAUGCAGUUGUCUCAGAGAGGACUUCAAGAAUGUGCAAAUGCAAAUGCUCCGCCCAUAACUAUAACCAAUAUACUAGAAAUUGGCUAGUAUUACCCUUAAAUUAUUAAUCAUUUCAGCUGAGAAUAUCAUAUACCAAUGGAUACCUGUAGUAGGGUAAGGAUGUUUAGUUUUCCUGAAUGGAAUAUUUUUAGGUUGAGAAGACAGUGGAUAAGAUCAAGCAUGCAUGUCAUGCCACAAAUAAGAGACUGGCUGCUUCAAUGCAGGGAACUGGUAUGGACUUAGAGAAGAGAUUGGUAAGAAACAUUACUAUAUUAUCCAAAUAAUGAUAUUACUUUUAAGCAACAUCUUUGACUAUGAAUUUUUUGGUCACAUCAUUGCUAAACUUUCUUGGUCUGUCACAGAUUCAGGAAAGAUCCGAAACUGAAAGUUUCACUUUUGUAAAAGUUUACACAUGUGUAAAAGAUAUGAGGUCCCGUAGAUUAUAUACACUGUACCUUCUUCAAAUAUUAAGUGAUGGCAUGUUCAAAAGUAGGCCCCUGGCAAUAGUGAUCAGGGGCGGAUCCAGGAUUUUUUUUAGGAGGGGGUGCACUCGUCUCUUGCUCUACUUCAACACCAAUAAACCAAAUAUUUUUUUUUCCAGAAUACCAGUUGUAUUAGAAAACCGCAGAUCAUCUCGGGGAGGGGGGGUGCACACCCCCUGCACCCUCCCCCUAGAUCCGUCCCUGGUGAUAAGUUUUGGCUGAAAACUUAGUUGCAUGAGCACACUUAACCCUUUAAGUCCCAAUAGUACAGUGUCUAACGUCAAUUUUCUCCUAACGAUAUCCAUACAAUGUCAAGAGAUUAGGUUAUGAGAAUUAAUAAAAUGAUCACCUAAGGGAAAAUGCCUUGAUCUUUUAUCAAAUUCUCUCAACUUAUUCAUGAAGGAAAUGUAUAGAGAUCAGUUUGGAGAAUUUGUAUGUGGAUAUUGGAGCUUAAAGGGUUAACUCUCAAGGCCUUUUGUUCCACAUGGCACAAGGAGAAUAAGUGAAGUUCACAUUAGACUGUGACGUGCUGACAGUUGGACUACUGUUAAUUUUAUUUGUAACAAAUGACUGUAUUGUAAAAUAAUUUUCUUGUUGCUGACAAGUUCAUUAGUAAGACUUUAAUCUAGUAUGUUUUCACAAUUCCAUCAUGAGCAUCCCUUUCAGUUCUGGCAGUAAUUUUGAUAUGAUAGUUAAAAUGUGGGGAGCAUAUCUGUAUGGACAUUUUCUGUGAUGAAACAUUGCAAAUCCCAUUCAGAUCUGGUGCAAGUGUCUCUUUUUUCAUGUCUGAUAAGUGUUCAUUUUUUAGGAUAUCCUAGUAAUAUAUUUUUUUUGAGUUAUUUUAUUAAAUUAAAUAAAUUGAAGGAAAAGAUGUAUGAAAAUAAUAUUAUUGUAUUUAUCAAGGACAACAUUAUUGUGAGUCACUUUGGGUCUUGUAUUCCAAGUCAUUCCUUCCGUUUAGUAUCUUUAAUGUUUCUUCUUCGAUUAUUAAUCAAUUUUACAAGUAUAGGUAUAUUUCCUCUUGUAUACACAAUGUAUAUCAACAGAAAAUGACAUGCAGAUAACAUUAUUUUAAUCAGAGCUGUCAUGAAAAUUUCAAGUUGCCAGAUUGAACGAUACAAGUAGGGAGGGAAUUGAACAGUGGGGGACAUUGUUUGGUUCUAUUUUUCUUCUAUUUUCCAACUAAAGUAGUUGGGGUCCCUGUUCACUGUUGCCAGGGAAAAUCCCUGGCCCCCAGCCCUUAAUGACACCCCUAAGUUUUAAUGUACAUUACAUGUAAUUCAAGCAACAGUACAGCUAUAGUACUUAAAUUCAGUUAUAUAUGUACUAGGUAAUUAAUUGAUAUGCCCUCUAACUGUAGUAAUUGCAAUAUUUUAUUACAGUCAUAGCCCUCCUUGCGACCACUCUCCUAAGCAACCCGCUCUUGUUGCAACCACCUUUUUGAAAACCAUUUGAACUGUGACUUAAACUUGUAAUAAAAGCUCUCAUAAGAGACUGCUCUCAUAAGCGACCCUGACCACUUUUGGGAUUACCCGGCUGGUCUUUUCCUUUGUUUUCGUGUUCUUGUAAGCGAACACUCAGUAACCUCUCAGAGUCUUUUUCAUAUAAAUCAACACCUUAAUGAAACAGCACACUGUGCUAGUGGACUGAAAAAUUGGACGUAAAGUUAAGUCCUGUCUGUAUCAGAUGUAAAGACACUAAUUAAACAUUGAUUUCCCUUUUUUUUUGUAUUGUGAAUUAUUAAUGACUUUUUGAAGCUUCUAUUGUUUUACCAUAAGGUUGCUUACAAGGGCUCAUUCUGGUAAGCGACCAGCUCUAGUUAUGACCACUUUUUUUAAAUUUCCAAGGUGGCCACGUACAAGAGCUUUGACUGGAUUUAUACUUAUUUUUCAACUGUAAAUAUGCCAGGAAGAUAGUAAAUUAUUAUUAGUUUUAUACUCAGGGUAGUGCUGUUUGUUGUAGGCUGUAUUAUUCCUCAAGUCAUCAUAUUUACGAGCCUCAGAUGAUAUUGCUAUGCUGUGGCCUCAGAUGCGAUCUGAACUCAUGGUAAUCACCUGCAAUAUCUAACGUCCUCAUACAACCAGCACGUGUUACUGAAACAACUGCUUUAACUUUGAAUCCUCUAGAAACCUAAAAUCUGUAAGUUAUACCCAAAAGUUCAAUCGUCCAUGUGAUGUGAUUAUUAUUAUAAAAUUAUACAGUGCAGUGAACUUGAAAAACUUGAAAACACCAUAAUUUAUAUUCAGGGCUCAAAACUAGUAGUUCACCCUUUCAAGACUUUUAGUGUAAAUACAAAGGACUUUGUUCUUGUAUUACUGUACCAAGUUUUAACAGAGGACUUUCUGGGAGCCAAUUUUAACUAGAAACAUAUCUUACUUACUGGCAGCCACUAGGCUUUAGUAAAAUAUUCAGAAUUUACCCUCACAAUCCAAGCACUCAGUGCAUUGUCCCAGUUUUACACCAUCAGAGUCCAUUAUGUUGCUCUUUUAACCUGUGGUUUUUGUUCCAUAAGGUUAUAACUAAGUGGCAUAAAUGGUCUGUAAAUAUGUGAUAGUCACUAACAUAACUCAGUCUUGAUGAUAAGUAACCAUACACUUAAAUCUUGCACUUAAUGUUUGUCACCCAUGAUGUUUCCCUAUGUUUCCGUUUCCCUCUUGAAACACUGUUGUCUGCAGCAUAGCAAUAUUUUUAUCUGAGAUUCCUAAAACAUUGGUUAAUUAAAUUACCUAAUAUUAUUUGGAAGUCUGCCACCAAGUGAUCCAUAUCACUUUAUCAGUCAUCAUUUGCUUCUACAGUGAUGUAUGCACUCUACUGUAAAGUGAAACCCUGUUAUUGUGACCACCUGGGGGUAUAAUAACCUCAUAGUAUGGUAAUAGAUGUAACAAUUAUACAUACCUGCCUUUAAGCCAAGGAGCAUGGACUUACAAGUAGUUUUGUGCUAGUUAAUUUUAACCUUUGUUAUUAGGAAGCAGAAAAAAAUGACCUUUCAGAGAAGGAAGAUUGACAAUAAAAUUUUCAAGAUGGAAAGUUUACCAAGUGGUUUCAUUCAAAUGGUGAAAAAUACUGACUCAAAUAUACUAAUCCAAAUGUAGUAAUGUGGUGGGCAUGGAAAUAAGUGGUAAUAAGCAGGUGUUCAAUCCUCUGUACAAAUCACUAGCAGGGUUAUUUAUUCAAGUAUAAUCAUCAACUCUCUUGAAAUGAAUACCCCCAGAAAAUAAUUAUGGACACCUUGAGUUGGUCCCUCUCAUUCAUCUGUAAUUUACUUUGACCCUCUAUAAAGUGAACAUCUCUACAAUGACUGUAUCUACAGCGGACACUUUGCCAGUCCCAGUGGUCUCCUUCUUAGAGUAAAAUCAGGAUCAGACUGCUGGGUCACUGGGCCACUAGGCAGCAGCAGGCCGUGGGCUGCAGGCUGUGGCCCCCUGGGCUGCAGGCCUGCUUUCAGUAAAACCCAUAUCUGUACUAAACAAACUAUUUCGAUUUGGAUCGAGUGAUAGCUGUAAAACCUUUUGAAAAGUGUGACAUUUAGAUCCUAGAAGUUGCCCUUUUUCAGGGCUUUAACAUUUUUUCCCAGUGCAACUUAUCUAUUGGCCAACCUUUCAAAGCAUGCAUAGAUUAUGGUUAAUUUAAUGUCUUUUCCUUGUGUUUUAUUUUAAAGAGGAAACUUCACCAGACUGCUUUAGCUCAGAGCAUGCUAGAAUCAAGCCAGCAGUUGGGAGAGGGAUCUCUUUUGGGGUAAGACAGUCAGACUAUUGUUAGCCUGCAUAGCAGGGUGCCAGUUAUUCUUUUUAAAGGCUGCGUGAGGGGAACACGCAAAGGGGAGAGGAGGUGCUUGCAGCAAAGGCCCUAGUUUUCCUUGUUGUACGUUUUCUGGCAGUCCGUAGAAUGCCUUUGUCCAAGAAUGCCUGUUGGGAGUAAAGCGAACAAUUCUUGCAAAUGCAUUAUUUGUCAGUCAACAGAAAUUCGAGUCUUCUAGCUUGUACAACACACGUGCAGCAUGACAAACGGCUGAACAACUGUUUGAAUCAUGCUCACAAGAAGCUAAGCUUGAUAAGAUUUUCGAUUUUGUUUUUCAUUUUUGAAAAUCAUUGCACCGUCUUGGCAGUGUUACCAACUGGGUUUGGAGAAAGUGUAAUUUUUGAGUUAUUUAUUUUGGGAUGCAACAGACCGGAACCGUCUUUACAAGCAUUGUCGUUAUUUCCCCGCUGCAAAGCAUAAUUCAGGAUCAAGCAGCCGAGGUACCUUCUACAGGAAUGUCAGCCAGUGACUUGAAAGAAAAACUAGACUGUUUAUAGCAAAUACAUCGACAGAGGUGUAACAUCGUAUGCGUCAGCUGAUGAAGCGGUGAUAGAUAAAAGAUUUAUGAAUUUCAUUAUUAAAAUCCCUGUCAUUGAUCAACACUGAUGAAUAUAGCAGUGUCUUUGGUUGACAAAAGGCUGGAUGGGACUAGGGUAAGCCUGUUUGUCAUGUUUGCUCCGAAUUUAAAAUUACAUCAUUUGCUUUAUGCAGGUAUAACAAAAAUACACAAGAUUUAGUUUUCCCUUUGGGUCUGAUGUCAGUUUCAUAUCGUUAGAUGAUCUGCUUUCAAUCAAUUUUUUGUCAGUUGAUGCAGCGCUGUCACGUUAUUAAACUGGGGGCGUAAAUGGAAAACCAAGGUCUCCUCUGCUGGCGCCUCCUCUCCUUUUCUCCCCUCGUGCAUCCUCGAGAUUUCUUCCUUCGCCCUAAAAAACAAACCAGUGCCUGCUACGACUAGGCUAGACUAUUGUUAUGUGAAGCAUGAUUAUUUUUCUCCUUACAUAAAACAAAACAAUACUGCGGUAAUAUUUAGAUGUGGAUUCAGUGCUCUGAACCUGUAAAAUCUAGGUGCCCAGCAUAUGAUUUGUAUGGAAAAUUAAGAUUUGCUAGUCACCUGAGAGCCAAAGUUGGGAGCCAAGGGCCAUCGGGCUCUGCUAGGGCACAGCCCUGGUCCCACAAAAAAGUUCUCUUUUCAGCCAUAUAAUAAAUCCUUUAUUUAAAAGCUGGUUCAGCCAAGAACGCCUCAUACUGCCGUCAUUUUUUUUUUUUGCAUUUUUAUUGACCUCGACUUUGUCUCAGGCCAUUAAGAUGCCAAAAAAACUUGGCCAAUAUCCAGCCAUCUAGGCCUCAUGCUUGGUCAAUAAUGUAUAUUAUAUAAAUUAAUAACAUCUUUGUUACUAAUUGUUAUUUUUUGUCAUGACAGUGACGUGAUGCAAAACGCUGGUAGUGUGCAGGCAUUGCUUGCCAGGGAACUUGCAGAGUAUGAAAUGCAAGUGGAACAAAAUGUUUUGGCUCCUAUGACUUCUCUUCUUGAGGUAAUUAAAAUCAUGAACAUUUAAUGAAUAUAUUAUAUUAUUUGACAAUGGUUUCUCAUUGUACAGUCGACUCUCCCACAGUGGCCACUCCUCAUAAGAGACCACUUCCCGUCACCACUUUCAGUUUGUAAAUAACUGUUUUGUUUCUCAGUCAAAUACUGUUUUAAAAGCUCUCUUGUAAGUGACCACUGCUUAAAGUUCUUAAAUGACCUCACCAUGCAUGCCUGCAUUUUAGGCCAGAUCAAUAUUUGUCAUAUUCUUUUGUUUUCUGUUUCUGGUAAGCAACCACCCAGAAUGAUCAUGUAUGAUGUUAAGAAAACCGUUGCUCAAAUGUCACAAAAGUUCAGUUUUUAGUAACACUGACCAAGCAUGCUGACAGAUUUAAUAAUUAUAGCUGUUGACUUACAGAGAGGAUGGCUUUAAUACAAUGCAUGGGUAAAAAGUGGAUUGUUACAUUUGAUGCAAAAUGUUUCAACACUUCCAAGCGCUAUUUGAUGUGAAACUUUAUUGCAAAAUUUCUAUUUGACUAAAGGCGCUUUCCAUUUGUCAGAACUGACCGGCCAGACCAUUCCCAUCGUAAAUAUAAGAAUUUCACUUUUCAGGGGCGAAUCCAGGAUUUUUUUUAGGAGGUGGUGCACUCGUCUCUCGCUCUACUUCAACACCAAUAAACCACAUAGUUUUUUUUUGCAGAAUACCAAUUGUAUUAGAAAACCGCAGGUCAUCUUGGGGGGGGGGGAGUGCGCACCCCCUGCACCCUCCCCCUAGAUCCGCCCUUGUUUUUAAUCAAAACUAUCUAGCCAGAUCAGUCGAAUCCUAAAUAGUAUGCACAAAGGAGAUGGUUUUUCAGCAACAACCCUUAGGAAAAAGCCGAUUUUAUUUGCUAACUGACUGGUCCGGCCGGCCAGUUCUGACAAAUGGAAAGCGCCCUAAGUUUAGAAUGUAAGGUAGUAACUUUAUGUGAUUACAUUAAUCAGUUAACAGUUUGAGAUUAUUUUCUUAAUUUUUCCUGUAGAUGACCACUUCCUCUAAGCAGCCACUUUGUUGUGCACCAAGACAUUAGGGUGGUCGCUUACAGGAGAGUUGACUGUAUUCAACCACGUGUCUGUUAUCGGCUAGCUCUGAACAAUCUAUUCCCUCAGCUGCAACUGUACAUUUAUGCCUUUGUUAUUGCCAUGAUUAUAAGUACAUUUUUUUAUAAGUGUAUUAUUUUAGCCCAGUAUCAUUCUUCUUUUGACUAUCAUUAAGAUGAAAAUAUAUGAAUAUUAAUAAGAACUUUAGCAUUAACAGUGUAAUUUAUGUUAAUGGUGCAAAUAUUGUGUAAUUUAUUAUUUACUUGCAGAGUGACAGGCUUCCUGCAUAUUAAUCUGACUAAUUACAUGUACAUGUAUAUGUCUAUUCAAAACGAUAUUGUCUUCUUUGAACAUAGAAUGAGGUACCAAAUAUUACCCAAACAAAGAAAAAAUUGACGAAGACAAGACUUGACAUGGAUACUGUAAAAUCAAGGUAAAUCCAGGAUACUGUACUUUCCAAUAAUUUUUUAAAAAUAAUGAUGAGACCCCCCAAAAAGUCGAUAACCCUUUAAGUCCCAAUAGUGACCAAGAUCAAUAUUAUUUUCUCUUAACAAUAUCCAUACAUUGUCAAGAGAUUUGGUUAUGAGAAUUAAUAAAAUGAACACCUACUGCUUUGCUUUGAUCUUUUAUCAAAUUCUCUCAACUCAUUCUUUAAGGAAAUAUAUAAAGAUCAGUGUGGAGAAUUUGUAUGUAGACAUAAUGGGACUUAAAGGGAUAAUGGAAAGGUAUAAAUAAGGCUACUGAGGAUUGAAUUGUGGUGUAAUGAACUUAAAUCAUAAUGGCAAGAUCUGUGGUUGUCAAGAACAGCCAUUGAAUCUACUCUUUUUGAUAAGCAGAAUUCAUGAUGAAUAAAACCUAAUAAUGAAUAUAUCUCUUGGUAAUAAAGUAAUAAUUAGUUAAUAAUGAUUAAUUAGUAAAUUUUCAAUUACACCACAAGGUAAUUAAUAUUACUUGUUUUAUUAACUGGUUGUGACGGAGUGAAAUUUUAUAUUACACGCAGUGUAAUAUUAAAUUUCACUUUGUCAGAUCAGCUUGAAUAACAGCUUUUCACAUGAAUUUGUCUUACAGUACUUCUGUAAUUUCUGUAAUUUUAAUCCCCCCCCCCCCCCCCACCCCCCCCCCAAAAAACUACAGUUGCCCUUCGGGCAAACUGAAUUCACUAGUUAAAUAAAUUGCAAAAUCCACUAGUCCCGGGCUAUCAGACACAACUUUCUUUGUAUGCUGUAAACACUAAGUAUAAGUUAAAGAUUGCAGUUUCAAACAAAUGCCAGGUUCACCUGGUCCCCUAUCGAGCCAUUCUUUGUGCCGUCACAACCAUAGGUUUGCUUGACGAUCCUUAGAAAACUGGAACUCAGUUGUUUAUAUCAAAGUAUUAGUUGCUAAAAAUUUGUUGCAAAAUAUUAACGUUGUUCCAGCUGCCGAAAAUUAUAGCAAAACUUGACGUUUCAUAUCUGGAUCCAUAUUCAGUUUUCUUUUCCGGUCAGAAAGGCCAUUGUUAAAAAAAAAACACUUGUACAGUAUAUUCACUGUACAAUGUACAAGGCUGUGCUCUACAAAAAAUUGAAGGGAACCCAGUGCUCUGAACUUGCAAAAUCCAGUGUGCCCAGCAUAAUUAUGAUUUCUAUGAAAAAGCUAAGAUUUUCUAGUCACCCAAGAACAAAAGUUAGGCACCAUGGGCCACCGGGCUCUGCUAGAGCACAGCCUUGACUGUACAUUCAUUUCGUUCUUGUUUAGGUGGCUGGCUGCUGUCAAGGUGUCUCACGGAGCAAAUAAAGACAUGCUGGCAGCUGCCGCAAAAGCAGAUGCAUUGAAGGAGGAAUAUGAGGAAGAAACUACCAAGUUUGAAGCUUGUCAAGUAAGCACAUUUCUUUAUUGCAAAUCAAAAUUAAUUUUUUUACCGAAUGCAGUUAUGUCAAAAUAGUAAUAAAAAUUAACUGAUAUUUUUAUUGAUAUUAAUUACAGGUUUAUAAAUUAAUAAAAAUAAAUAAAAUAAAUGAUGAUUUGGAGGUAGCACAUCCACAAAGUGGUUCUUUGUCUACCUGAUUCCUGGUCAAAUUGGAAUUUGGAAGUGUUGGUUUUUGAUGAGAGGGGAAAACUGGAGUACUCAAAGAAAAACCUCUUGGAGCAAAGGAGAGAACCAAGAACAAACUCAACCCACAUAUGGCGUUGAUGCCGGGAUUUGAACCUGGACCACAUUUGUGGGAGGCCAGCGCUAUCACCACUGUGCCAUCCCUUGCUCCCCCAAGGGUUUAUAAGGUGUUAAUGAUAAUAAUAAUAAUGAAUAUUUAUACAGGAUAGCCCUUCAGUGCAAGAGCACUGUUAUCAAAGGGGUCCUGUCAUAAUAACAUAAUUGAGUGUCUAUUCAGGGUUUUCAGGAAGAGUUCUUGUAUUGGGAGAAAGCUGUAAUGUUACAGGAGAAUAUUUUGAAAGAGGUUCCACAUCUGAAUACAAUAGUCAUAUAGGCUACUGAAUGUUAGCCGGAGAAUUCUGCGUAGUACAUGGAGAAUUAUCUGAUUUCCGAUGCCUAAUGAAUGCCCUGCUAUUGCUUAGACUCUGGAAUUGCAAGAUCUUACAAAACACAACAACUGCUAUUUUCAAAUAUGUAUUGGAUCCAAAAUAACAUUAUUAAUAAUUAAAUAUUAAAAACCUGACCCUUCUCAAUGUCACUUUCCCGACAACCUACCACUGCCAAGGAUGGGUAACUUUCUCGGUAUGGUGGGUGACCUGUGCCUCAAGGACUCUCAUGAAAAAAUGAGUUACAGCAUAAACCCAAGUUUUGUCAGCACUAAGAUUUUAUCUAGUGAUGUAAGAGUUGUCUUUGUUUUCAUACUUAAAUGCCUUUCCACUAGGGCAACAGCCACCAGAUUAUGUCCAAGCUGCCAUGCAAAACUUAUCUUUCCACAACGUCCACUUAAAAGCAAACAACAUCAAAGCUGAUGUACUCACUGUCAGUAUUUAUACUUGCUUUGUUUUGUUGACAUUUUUGUUCUGUACUUUUGGCUUCUGUUAAAUAAUUGACAGGACUGAAACCGACGCUUAACAAACAGUACGAUUCAAUUCGCGCCAAAUUAUUUGUUUAGAGUAGUUCUUGUUAACAUUGUUUUAUUUCCAUUGUUUUUUGACUUUAUAAAUAUUUUUAGCACUUUUUACAUUUUCACAUAUUUUAUCACAUUUUAGCGUUCACCACAUUUUUGUCUAUUAUAACUUGUUUUUAACUUAUUUAUGCUAAUUUAGAGAACUUUUAUACACUUGAAAAUGACCUCGGAGGAGAAACGUCGUCGUUUUUUUAUCGCUAAUAUUUAUCUCAAAAUCGAUUUCUAAGAAAUUACUUAAUUUUUUUCAUGUAUUUUUUAUCAAAUGAUUUUUUGACUAAAAAUAACUCUUUUGCAAAAAUUUAUCUCAAAACUCCCUACAGCAGCCACCUCUCUACAGUGGUUUUCUGAACUUUCCUUGAAAUUUAGUUCAAAUUAAGGUUCAGAGGUACCUGUAUGCAUCAUGGUUACCAGCAAGGAGAGAGAUCUGUUAAAUUGACAUUAAUUUUUUUUAAUCGCAUUAAGUAUAUGUAUGUUAUUAAUAUCAAAUGACUUUUUGACUAAAAAUCCUAUACUCUUUUGCAAAAAGUUACAGUUGCCAUUUUACACCCACCCCUACCUUAACUCCCUACAGCAGCCACCUCUCUACAGUGGUUACGUUUCUACAUUGACCACUUUCCUUGAUCUCUAAUUUCAUAGUUCAAAUUAAGGUUCAAAGGUACCUGUAUGCAUCAUGGUUACCAGCAAGGAGAGAGAUCUAACCACGUGUACAUUACAGACUAAAAUCACACCCCCGGGUCCAUAAAACUGAACUAGAGUACAUGUAAAGCGAAAAAAAAAUUUUCUGGUUGCUCAAAAGAAGGGUGACAUCAGUACUGUUAAUAAACUACCAGUAUACAGAACAUAACAGAUUCUUUUAUGCUCUGUAUACUGGUAGUUUAUUUGCUAUGUAUAGAGUUGUACACCCCUGUAUGUAUUUUUUUCAUCGUAUUUUGGUUUUGUUUUGUAUAUAUUGGGCACAUUAUAUGGUUAUUGUUUAAGCACCACUAAAAUUACUAAAUUAUUAUUGAUAUGUUUAUUAAUAUUAUUACAAUAAUAAUAAUUAUAAUAAUUGUUGUGAUUAUUAUACUUUGGUUGACAGGACACUCUUACCACAGAACUUUUGAAGUUUGUCUCCAGAGAAGGAGAAUAUUCUAAUUGGAUAAUCAAGGUGAAUUUCCAAAUUUUCCUAGUAGUGUUACACUGUACUUGUUGCAUGUCAUAGCUGUGAGUAAAAUUUGCAAAGAAAUAAUUUUUCCUAUUGUAGUUAUCAUUGUAAAUAGUCAGAAGUAUAUAACCCUGAAAUGCUUCUGAAAUAGUUUAAUGUAACUGCCAUUGCAUUAUUGCCUUUCCAUUAACUCUUCAACCUCCUCCUUGCCCAUCUCUCCCAGGUUAUUUUAAGAAGAGGUUAAAUCAAGAGUGUUAUAAAGAGAAGGUUGAUUCCUUUAUCUUCAUACUAGUAACGUUUUAUGUUUCAGUUUAUUGAAGCACAAUUGGACUAUCACAAGAAAGCUGUGAUGACCCUUGACAGCAUUUUGCCGACCCUUCGGUCUCUUCUCGGUAAAGUUACAUCUCGUAGUGAAAAUAAAAUCCACAGCAUACUUGUAACUUACAAUUUUCAGUUUUGGGGAUUUUUUCACUAGAUACUGAAUUUGCAGUUGCUGUUUGGCAUAUUUUCUCCCUAUUCUAGCCUCGCCCACUUUUGCAAUUCUUUAAUGGCUUGUCAUGCAAUCCCAUUAUUUUUGUACGUAAGAAAGGCUCAACAAAACCUUUAGAACAUCUGUGUGGGUGGCUGUCUCAUCUCUUGCUUACAGAUAGCUUUCUGAUACAAUUUGUUUUAGUCGGUCCAUGAAUACAGCUGUUCAUCGUAAUACAUUGCUAACAGUACAAGGGAAGUCCUUGUCAUGAGUCAGGGCACAAGAAAAGUAAUGUCCGAUAGCCUGAGGCUAGCGAAGCACCCAUUGGGCUAUGUGUAGCAUGUUUUAAUAAUUACAAGCUGCAAGACUGCCAAGUAAUUUUCCCAUGGUGUGAUAAACUAAAUAAUAGUGAGAAGGGGGUUGGUUUGCCUGUAUGACUGCUUGUAAACUUCAGCAACAGCUCACUUCAAGGCUGGGAGGGAUUUUUAAACUUUCAUUUUGCCCUGCUACUGGUGAGUUGCUGCAUUUGCAUGCAAAAUGGAAAGAUUCUCUUAGACCAUUUUUAAACAUUAAUUUUAUUCUGUCAGUAAGAUAGCAAGUAAACAGGCCCUUUACAGCUAGCCAUUCACGUGGUACAAAACUGCAAUCCUGGAUAGCAAAAGUCGCACUGGGACAAGACAAACAAAGGAAAUUACCAUUUAAAAUUAUGUAUGGCUUUUGUUUGUCUUGUCCCAGUGCGACUUUUGCUAUCCAGCAUGGCAGUUUUGUACCACCUGAAUGGCGAGCUGCAAAGGACCUACUUAAGUAUCGUUGUUUAACAUAUCCUGUAAUAUCUGUAAGUACCACUAGCUGUGGGGGCAGGAAAAAAAUUAAUUUGAAUUUUUAAAAACUAUUGAAGCUUCGUAUGAUUCACACGAUUCCUCUGUCUUACCACAUUAUGUCUUAUUUUUUAUGAUCAUCUAAUUAUUAAUAUUUAUGAUACAACUGAAGAAGUACCACCCAACCUUAAGCCUUCAGCCCAGUCUCAAUAAAAAAGUAACAUUUUUAGCCAAUCAAAAGCUGACAUUAUCUCUCACACUGUUUUUAUACCUAGAUGAAUCCGAACUUCAGCCAGUGUAUGGAGGAUCACUUGAAGAUCACCUGAGAAUCCAUGAAAGAGAGAUAGCAUUUGUGAUUGAGGAAUGUGUCACUUUCCUUUACAGAACAGCUAUGAGUGUUCAAGUGAGCCCUCUUUUCAUAUUGCUGUUUUUAACUAGAGAAUAAAAUUCCCCUUUUUCUUGUAUGUUUUGGUUUUCAAACAUUCCCUCCACUUCAUCAUAGCAUCUCCCACUCUAAUCUCAUCAUAACCUGCUACAGUUACUGCGGGGCUAAACACUGUAAUGUAACAAGAUAGGUUUACAUUAAUCAAUAAUUUUUUUUAUUUGUAGGGUCUUUUUAGACUUGCUGGAAGUGCUGUCAAAAUCAGAAAACUUACAGUAAGCUUGAACACUUUUACCCCUUGGGCUACUUUGGGGCUUGUGUUAUAGUAGCCUGUGAAUACAGCCGUUUCUCCUAGCUCCUCGCCGCCAGGGACGUUUCGCCAGGAGGAACGUCUGCGACUCAGCGACAGAAAUUCCAUACUUAUGACGUAAAUCAAUGUUUACACGAUAAAUCCGGUGGUCAUGGGGUUUCAAACGCAAAUUUGUUUAUGUUUUAUGUUUUAUGUUUCUCCUGGUCGAUUAUGAAAAAGUUUUGUGAUCUCUUGUGAACGAGCUGCAGCAAAACUCAGAUGGUUUUUCUAAAGAUCAGAAGAAUAUAUUCUAGGAAUAUUGACUGUUUUGUAGUAGAUUGAUCAUGUUUACAUUUGACCUUUGGGGCCUUAUGAGUUUUGUCUGUCAUUCGUAAACAAUAGGUAAAACGAUAUAACUACUACGUCUACCAAUCAUUGCUCCUGACCAGAUUCCGGACAAAUUUUACGUCAUCAGUAUGGAAUUUCUGUCGCUGAGUCGCACAAGUUCCUCCUGACGAAAUGUCCUUAGCGGCGAGGAGCAAGGAGAAACGGCUGUAUUAGCAGGCUAGUGUUAUAGAUACGUUCAGUAAACCUAAAAGCGGAGCUCCCAUACGGAAACAAGUUCAAUUACCUCUAAAAGAGUUAAAACAUUACCAUUGGAAAAAGUUGAGUGGUGCCUUCUUUUCAGGGGUGGGUAUUCGGGGACCAGACAAGCAGCGGGCUCAACAUAUAUUUGACAAACAAGAAUUUGUCUGUUCACUGGUAUUUUCUCAGUGACACACGAAUGGGGCAGGGUAAUAACAAAUAUUUAUUUCUUUUCUUUGUGCUUUGUUUGUUUGUUUGUUUGUUAUAAAGGCUGAAUUUGAUGCGGGCUUAGUAGACUUGUCAGAAUUUGAAAACGAUGUUCAUAUUGUAACAGGUAAGUAGACUUAGUAUGAAAAAGAGAUGCCUGGAAGCUACAUAUUGGUUACAGAAUUUAACAAUAAUGUUUAAUACUUUCCCAUUUCUCAGAGCUAGUUACUGUGGUCAAAAGUACUUUCACAGGGUUCUGUUUACACUAGUUCCAACAUUAAUUCUGUGGAUGAAAUAAUUUCCUGAGAGCUGGCCAAAAGCAAAUGAAACCUAUUUGGAAGUACUUUCGCAUGAUACCACUUAUUAUCGCUAAUAAACUGUUACUAAGUCGAGGUAUCAAAGCAAUAGGGUGAUCAUUCUAAUGAAAGCUAAUAGUAGUGGUGGCAGUAGUAGUGCUGAUUUUCAUAAACUUCAGUUUAGGGCUGGCUUUGAGUGAUUAAUUGUGGGAACUUGUUGGAGUUGAUCACAGUUAUAAGACAUGCAUAGUAUACUGUAGUCUUGUUUAAGUCUCUUGCGUCGAGUCCUUCUUUACUUCACCUUAUGUCUAGGUUAGUUGCAAGUACAAAGAAGCUAACCUGUGGGUAAAUCUUGGUACGCUGCGCCAGUCGCUUAAAAAAAGACUUUUAUAGGGGUAACACAAUCACUGGUGACCCAGUAGUUUUCGCUGUGGCCAAUUUGAACUCAUGACUAGUGAGCACAUUUUAAUCCAGCUAGCGGUGAAGGCGGACAUUGAAUUUGGAGCCUCCGAAUUGAAAUUCCAGCACUCUUAGACUAAUGAGAGACUGCUUGAGAAGUGGCGGUAUACAAGUGAUUGCUGCACUAUAGAUGGGAAGAAUCAUUCAAUUCUGUCGAUUUUUAUAUCGAUUCCUGAAAACAACAUGCAGAGUUAGUUUCUCCUAAAAUAUCACUUAUUAUUUCCUUCUUAGGUGCAUUAAAACAGUAUCUGCGGCAGCUUCCAGAACCCCUUAUGACUUCUCACCUUUAUAAUGAAUGGAUAAAAGCUUCAGCGUAAGUUUUAGUCUCUUUGAUACUUUGGUAAAUCCCCCAAACCUUAUUUCAACCCAAACGUUUCAGAUAUAGCAUUGUAGUGUGUUACCUAUUAUAAUUUGUGAUCAAGGAUUGGCAGGCCGUUUAGACGGCCACAACGACAAGGGUAUCGAGGAAGGCACAAGAGAGCAGGUGUGCAAGCGACGACAAUGCCUCUUCACGGUCUGUUUAUAUUAUGGAGCAUUUCUCUACCGUUGUACCUGUAAAACGUUGACAUUGUCAACGAUCAAAUUCGGGGAGUUUGGAGAACGUGAACAAGCGAUUGAUAUUUUGAAAUAAGUCUCCGGCACGGAUUCAACUUUUGGACUACUCCAUCAGACGAAGUCGCUGAAUAAACGUGAACCAAAUUGCCAAAAGCAAACUAGAUUUUUUUGCCAAUAACAUCUUUACUUAGCGUUGUUCUUGGGGGAGAUGGUGCCAUUUUGCACACUUUUGGAUAGUAGUAUGCCGCUGUGACUCGCGGAUUUGGACCCCAUUUUAACCUAGAAUACAAGAUCGUGUUCUUCACUUAGCUCUUAAUGGCCCCUCCGGACUACUUUUGCCUUGCUCCCUUGUUAUCCCUAUGUAGGUAUGCGUUUCAUAAUACUACGAGAGUAACAGCCUCCUCCACUCACCCCCAGAGAGGUGGCCAUUACCAUGACAAUGUGGAUCUGUUGACAUGGUGUUAGUAACUGCCCUUCAUCCACCCCCCCCCCCCCCCUCAAACCCAGAGGUGACCGUGUGGAAUGGUGUGAGAAACAGUCCUCCACCCUACCCCUGGGAGGUGACCAUGUUGAUAUGGUGUGAGUAACAGCCCUCCUCGCACUCACAGAGAGGUGACCAUUACUAUGUAAGUAUACCCCACAGAGUUGACCGUUACGACGUAGUUAUGUAUACAUGGUGUAAGUACCAACCCUUCACCCUACCCUAGAGAGGUAACCGUUACCAUAAUGGUAUGGUUACAUGGCGUGAUUAACCGCACUCCACCCUGUGUGUCUUACCAUGCAACCCCCAAAUUGUUUCCCGUUCGGAUCCUUACAGGAAACGGUUUUUCUGUAAUCCACAGCAUUCAAGAUAAUGGUACCAAACUGCAAACGUAUUGGACUAUUGUGGAAAGGAUGCCAGCACUGUAUAAAGCCAAUCUUAGGUCAGUAGUAACCUAUGGUUGAAAGCCCAUAUAUUUUAAUAUUUCAGCUUAUGUAAAUUCACUAAAUUGCACUUCAUUGUCGUUGUAGUAAUUUUUAACAAGCAAGUAAGUUCCAGGCUAAGUAAUUUUCAGUGAUGAUGACAUUUUACUUCCUACUGGCCUGAUUUUUAAAUAUAAUUCUCAGUCUUUUUCUUAUUUUCUCCUUCGUUAGGUACUUGAUCAAGUUUCUUGGUAAACUCUCUGAAAAUAGUGAAGUGAACAAAAUGAAUGCAAGUAACAUUGCGAUUGUCAUAGCACCAAACAUCAUUUGGUCACCAGAGGAUGAAGGGUAUGUCAAUUUUUCUCGUUCUCGUCCAUCAAAAGCAAGUUAGCCUCUUUACCGUGAAUGCUACAGUCUCAGACAAAAACCUUGAAACACUUUGGAAAAUUUGUUCCCUUUCGUUUCCCUCCUUCCUUUUGCGAUGUUAUUGUAGCCACGUAACUUUGCAGUGACAUCUCAACAUUGCAGUUGGAAAGGGACGUGCAUAGGUGUUUCAAGGAUUUUGGCGAAGAUUGUAGACUACGAACAUCUGCUCUUUCUUCUUGGCCCGUCAAGCAAAAUGCGCUUACCUCGCUGUUUGUCCAGCUCACAUCUCUUAGCGCCGUCCCCACCAUCUUAACGCCCGGAACAGGCCAGGCGUCUCUAGAUUUUUCUCCUGUUGCUGACGCCCUCGCUUCUGGCUUCUCGCGGUCUUGGGUGCGCCUCCAGUAUUUGACGAAAAAAAGAGACUUCUCACAGUCUACGUGCAGGCUGAGUUAAUUUUGUGUCUUCUUUUGCAACGGCAGUAAGAGCAUUACAAAUCAAAAUAAUUAAUAAAGGAAAAUUAAAUGAUCCCUGUGCAAGUUCCUUUGACAUUUUUUCUACUUGUCUGCCGUUCAGCCGUUCUCGAACCAACGACUGUCAAUUUUCCUUCUCUGUGUGUAUCUGAAAGUCUUCCGGUAAAAAUUCAAUCACUUGAGGCAAAUUUCCCCACAGAAUUUUUACACUUGUAAUGGUUUUAUUAAAUUGACCCCUGAGCCAAAUUCACAUCAGAUUAUUUUCAUGUCUUAAGAUGGUUUCCCUCUUUGCUUUUUUUUAGUGGUGUCAAUGUCCAGCACACUGGUGUCCAGUCGUCCAUUGUAGAGGCUUUAAUUCAACAUCAUGACUGGUUCUUUCCGGAAGGUUGGUGGUGGUUCUGUUCUUCAAUACAUUUAAUGUGUGCGCGGUCAGCAGUUGUAUAAUAUCUUAAUUAAAAAAGAAAACUCGCAAGUAAGUUUACUCAGUUUUAGGUCAUUUUUACGGGCCUUUUGUAAAUUUUAGCCCUAGAAAAAAAAAAUGACGGUGACUUGUACUUGGGAAAAUAACAUUGCAAGUUCAUUCUCGACCUGUAAUUUCUGUGGUUCAAAAAUUAAGCCUAGAAGUUCGGGGCAUAAAGGAUGUUAAUUCUUGUAGAUGUUUCUCAAAUAGCGGUAGUUGUCAUCCGUCAUCAGUAGUAGUUUUGCCGUUUUUGAAAUAUUUUUAGGUAGAAGUUUAGCUAUUUCUUCUUCGCAAAACGUGUGACAUUUGCUGCCGUUUUCUCCAGCUUCACAACAGCUGAGCUACCGCACCUUCUGAUCUCACCUUUUCCUAACAAUUACCCGUUAAAGUGCCUCAAAGUGACAUAACGUUUUGAUCAUGGUGGCACUUUAAGGAUACAGUAGAAUCCCGGUAACUCGAACUCUGAAGGGAGACAAAAAACAGUUUAAUUCGAGUUAGCGGGAAUGCGAUUUAUCGGGGUACAUUUCCGUGAAAUGUUGAUUAAGGGAAAGGAAAUUUAGUUUGAGUUAGCGAGGAACUCGAGUUAUCCGAGUGCAAGUUAUCUGGGAUCCACUGUAUAUGCAGGCGUCUUCCAAAUUUGGUCAACGGUAGCUGGUUGUGAGGAAUCAGCCAGGGGAUUCAAACUAAUCAGAAACGAGAAAAUAUUUUGAACGGAUAAUGAUACAUUUUAAUAGUCUAUUUCAGGCUCUCAUUUAGUCGGGACAACUGAAAAGAAAAGUGUGCGGGAAAAAAACGGGCGACGAGACGAGGGCCUAGGAUGAAAGGGGUCUGUAGUUUUAUAACCUUUUUUUUUUAUUCUGACUGAUCAAUAGAAAUUGACUUCUCUCGUAAAACUGUUGUUGAAACGAAUGGUUCUGGACAGCCGACGGGUGUUAAGAGCUCACUGUUGAACCGGAAGGAGUCGGAGGAAUUCAAGAGUGUCACUGGUGGUUUCUUAGAGGAAGUUGUCAGUCUUAUAAGUCUUAAGGGUACUGACAGUACUGACAAGUAA